GGAAUUGAACUGCCCAAAGUGCUGGAGGAGGAACAAGAGACACUUAAUGGUCCAUUAAAGCCUCUGUAGGGGUGCGACAGGACUGGAGAUAUCUAUGCUCAGGAAUAUCAUCGGCAUUCUUCAUCAGAACAACAGUGACAAGCAGUCAAGAAACAUAUUUAGGAAGGUUGGACAAAGCCUUUAACCCCUAUCAUCAUGGGGGUGAUAUGGCUGGCCAGAUUCAUGCUGGGAUGUACAGUGCUGUUGUAUGCGGACCAAGCUCAGGGCCAGAUGGAACUCGGUGACCAGCAAGUAGACAGGUUUGCAGGCUAUGAGGACAGGCAAGCACUCAGGGUGAGAAGGAGAGGACAAGACACAUUAAGAGGACCAAAUGUUUGUGGAUCUCGGUUUCACUCAUAUUGUUGCCCAGGGUGGAAAACAUUACCAGGUGGAAACCAAUGUAUUGUUCCAAUCUGCCGGAACUCCUGUGGAGAUGGAUUUUGCUCACGGCCAAACAUGUGUACAUGCUCUAGUGGACAACUUUCUCCAACUUGUGGAGCUGGUGCAGCUAUGAAUUGCAAUGUGCGCUGCAUGAAUGGUGGAAGCUGCAAUGAAGACUCCUGUACCUGUCAGAAAGGAUAUACUGGUACCCACUGUGGACAACCUGUAUGUGAAAAUGGUUGUCAGAAUGGAGGACGUUGUAUCGGGCCGAACAGAUGUGCUUGUGUUUACGGAUUUACUGGACCUCAAUGUGAAAGAGAUUACCGAACUGGACCAUGUUUCACCCAAAUCAGCAACCAAAUGUGUCAAGGACAGCUUAGUGGUAUUGUGUGCACCAAGACAUUGUGCUGUGCUACUAUUGGCCGUGCCUGGGGCCAUCCAUGUGAAAUGUGUCCUGCUCAACCACACCCAUGCCGUAGAGGUUUCAUUCCAAAUAUCCGAACUGGAGCCUGCCAAGAUGUUGAUGAAUGUCAAGCUAUCCCUGGUCUGUGCCAAGGUGGUAACUGUAUCAACACAGUGGGAUCCUAUGAGUGUAAAUGCCCAGCUGGACACAAACAGAGUGAGACCUCACAGAAGUGUGAAGAUAUUGAUGAAUGCAGCACAAUUCCUAAUAUUUGUGAUGGUGGGGAGUGCACCAACACUGCUGGAAGCUAUGUCUGCAUAUGUCCGAGAGGAUUUACCACGAGUCUGGAUGGGUCACGCUGCAUUGAUCAGAGGGCUGGAAGCUGUUUCUCUGCCUUAAUCGGGGGCCGAUGUGCUGGAGAACUUCCUGGUCAAUACACAAAAGGACAGUGUUGCUGUGAUACUGGACGAUGCUGGGCCUUAGGUCAAACCCCUGAGAUGUGUCCAGUCAGAGGGAGUGAUGAAUAUAGAAGACUUUGCAUUGAAAGCCUGCCUCUAGGACCUGCAUAUCCAGGAACCUAUCCUAUUGGCCCUGGUGGCAUUGGACCAGGUGGAAUUGGGCCAGGAAUUAUCGGACCUGGUGGAGUCGGACCAGGAGGUAUUGGCCCUAAUGGGAUUGGACCUAAUGGACGUGGAACAAUAUCAGGAUUACCCAGUGUGGGCACAGAUAUUGGAACGGCAACACUGAACCAGACUGGAGAUAUUUGUAAACACUUUACCAAUUUGUGCCAGAAUGGACGUUGUAUUCCCACACCAUCUAGUUAUCGAUGUGAAUGUAAUAUGGGUUAUAAACAAGACAGCCGACUGGAAUGUAUAGAUGUCGAUGAGUGUGCCAGCAGCCCAUGCAUUCAUGGAGACUGUGUUAACACACAAGGAUCAUACCACUGUAGAUGUCAUGAAGGAUUUCAGAGCAACCCCACCAAACAAGCAUGCAUUGAUAUUGAUGAAUGUAUCAUGAAUGGAGUGAUGUGCCGAAAUGGCCGUUGUGUGAACACAGAGGGCAGUUUUCAGUGUAUCUGCAAUGCUGGAUUUGAGACUACUCCAGAUGGAAAGAACUGUGUGGAUCACGAUGAGUGUGCAACUACAAAUAUGUGCUUAAAUGGAAUGUGUAUUAAUGAGGACGGCAGCUUUAAGUGCAUCUGCAAGCCAGGUUUUGUAUUGGCACCAAAUGGACGGUACUGUGUUGAUGUGGAUGAAUGCCAGACACCAGGAAUCUGUAUGAACGGGCGCUGUAUUAACACAGAGGGAUCCUUCCGUUGUGAGUGCUUGGGUGGAUUGACCAUUGGAAUUGACGGACGAGUUUGUGUAGACACCCACAUGCGCAGUACUUGUUAUGGUGGUAUUAAAAAGGGAACUUGUGCCCGUCCCUUCCCUGGUGCUGUUACCAAAUCUGAGUGUUGCUGUGCAAAUCCUGACCAUGGAUUUGGUGAACCUUGCCAGCCUUGCCCUGCUAAAAACUCUGCUGAAUUUCAGGCUCUUUGCAGCAGUGGUAUUGGCAUAACUGCAGAUGGCAGAGAUAUUAAUGAAUGUGCCUUGAACUCUGAAAUCUGCCCCAACGGCAUCUGUGAAAAUUUGCGUGGCAGCUAUCGUUGUAUCUGUAGUGUGGGCUAUGAAUCAGACGCAAGUGGGAAGAACUGUGUCGAUGUCGAUGAAUGUGCAGUGAACCGUCUGCUUUGUGACAACGGCUUGUGUCGUAACACUCCUGGAAGCUACACCUGCACAUGCCCCAAGGGUUAUGUCUUCAAGCCUGAGUCUGAGACCUGUGAAGAUAUUAAUGAAUGUGCAUCCAACCCCUGUGUCAAUGGCGUCUGCAGGAACAAUGCUGGUUCUUUUGUGUGCGAGUGCUCAUUCGGAAGCAAACUGGAUUCCACUGGAACUAUUUGUGUGGAUAGCAUGAAAGGAACUUGUUGGUUGAACCUCCAAGAUGGUAGAUGUGAAGUCAACAUUAAUGGAGCCACUUUGAAAUCUGAAUGCUGUUCAACAUUAGGAGCUGCUUGGGGAAGCCCUUGUGAACGUUGUGAAAUUGAUCCUGCCUGUCCCAGAGGUUACUCCAGGAAGAAGGGGGUUGCAUGUGAAGAUGUAAAUGAGUGUGAGGUAUUCCCGGGUGUCUGCCCUAAUGGACGUUGUGUGAAUUCUGCUGGUUCAUUCAAGUGCGAGUGUCCUGAAGGACUAAUCCUGGAUGGGUCUGGCAGAAACUGUGUUGAUAUACGUGUGGAACAGUGCUACAUGAAGUGGGAUGAGGAUGAAUGCACUUCUUCCUUGCCUGGAAAAUACAGAAUUGAUAUGUGCUGCUGCACUGUUGGUGCUGCCUGGGGUAUUGACUGUGAGGAGUGCCCUAAACCUGGAAGUGAUGAAUAUAAGACCAUCUGUCCAAGAGGAACUGGCUUUGCUAACAGAGGCGAUAUACUUUCUGGUCGUCCAUUCUACAAAGAUGUGAAUGAAUGUAAGGUAUUCAACAGCUUGUGCAACCAUGGAACGUGUCGCAAUAGCAUUGGAAGCUUCAGGUGCGUUUGUGAAAGCGGCUUUGCUCUAGAUGCUGAGGAAAGGAACUGUACAGACAUAGAUGAAUGCAGGAUUUCUCCUGACCUCUGCGGCCACGGAACUUGCGUCAAUACUCCUGGAAGCUUUGAAUGUGAAUGCUUUGAUGGUUAUGAGAGUGGAUUCAUGAUGAUGAAGAACUGCAUGGACAUUGAUGAAUGUGAAAGAGACCCGCUUCUUUGUAGAGGGGGAACCUGCAUCAACACAGACGGCAGCUUUGAGUGUAUCUGCCCCCCAGGUCAUGAGCUAACUACAGACGGCAAUUCCUGUAUUGACAUAAAUGAGUGUUCCCUGAGUGAUAACCUCUGCAGGAACGGGCGUUGUGUCAACAUGAUUGGAACCUACCAAUGUUCUUGUGAUUCUGGCUUCCAGUCAACUCCAGAUCGGCAGGGUUGUGUAGAUAUUGAUGAAUGCACAAUCAUGAAUGGAGGAUGUGACACCCAAUGUACCAACUCAGAAGGCAGCUAUGAAUGUAGCUGUAGUGAAGGAUAUGCACUUAUGCCUGACCAGAGAUCCUGUGCUGAUAUUGAUGAAUGUGAGGACAAUCCCGACAUCUGUGAUGGUGGGCAAUGUACAAACAUUCCUGGAGAAUAUCGUUGUUUGUGCUUCGAUGGUUUCAUGGCUUCUCUGGAUAUGAAGACAUGUAUAGAUGUCAAUGAAUGUGACCUUAACCCUAACAUCUGCCUACACGGCGAGUGUGAAAACACUAAAGGCUCCUUCAUUUGCCAUUGUCAGUUAGGUUACUUUGUGAAGAAGGGAACAACUGGAUGUACAGAUAUUGAUGAAUGUGAAGUUGGUGCACACAAUUGUGAUGUCCAUGCAUCUUGUAUCAACGUACCUGGCAGCUUUAAGUGCAAAUGUCAAACAGGAUGGGUGGGAGAUGGACUUAAAUGUGUUGAUCUUGAUGAGUGCUCCACAGAGGACCAUAACUGCAACUUAAAUGCCAAUUGUGUGAACACUCCUGGAUCCUAUCGGUGCAUGUGCAAUGAGGGAUUCAAUGGAGAUGGCUUUUCUUGUUCAGAUGUUGAUGAGUGCGCAGACAAUGUGAACCUGUGUGAAAAUGGCCACUGCUUAAAUGCCCCCGGAGGUUAUCGCUGUGAAUGUGAGAUGGGUUUUACUCCUACAGAAGACAGCAAGGCUUGUCAAGAUAUUGAUGAGUGCACAUUCCAGAACAUUUGUGUCUUUGGAACCUGUCAGAACCUGCCGGGAACGUUCCGCUGUAUCUGUGAUGAUGGUUAUGAACUAGACAGAAGUGGAGGAAAUUGUACCGAUGUAAAUGAGUGUGCCGACCCAGUGAACUGCAUCAAUGGACUAUGUGUGAAUACGCCAGGAAACUACUUGUGCAACUGCCCACAGGACUUUGAGUUGAACCCCACUGGUGUGGGCUGUGUCGAUACUCGAGUUGGAAACUGCUACUUGGAAACUCUGACAAGAGGUGAUGCCGGUCUUGCUUGUAGUGCAGAGAUUGGAGUUGGAGUUACAAGAGCAUCUUGUUGCUGCUCCUUGGGACGUGCUUGGGGCAAUCCAUGUGAAAGCUGUCCUUUGGCCAACUCCACUGAAUACAAGACUCUGUGUCCAGGAGGAGAGGGAUUUAGACCAAAUCCCAUUACAGUUAUUUUGGAAGAUAUUGAUGAAUGUCAAGAACUUCCAGGUCUGUGUCAGGGUGGAAACUGUGUGAACACCUUUGGAAGUUUUCAAUGCGAGUGCCCACUUGGCUACUAUCUGAAUGAAGACACCCGCAUCUGUGAAGAUAUUGAUGAGUGCUCUACCCAUAUUGGCAUCUGUGGUCCUGGUACUUGCUAUAAUACAUUAGGGAACUACACAUGCGUUUGCCCACCAGAGUACAUGCAGGUCAACGGAGGAAAUAACUGUAUGGAUAUGAGAAAAAGUGUGUGCUACCGUAACUACAAUGACACAUGCGAGAAUGAGCUCUCAAUCAACAUGACAAAGAAAAUGUGCUGUUGCUCCUACAAUAUUGGCAAAGCUUGGAACAAGCCUUGUGAACCAUGUCCUGUCCCUGCGAGUGCUGAAUACCAAGUUCUCUGUGGAAAUCAAGCACCUGGAUUUAUUAUUGACAUCCGCACUGGCAAACCUAUGGAUAUUGAUGAGUGCAGUGAAAUCCCAGCUAUUUGCACUAAUGGAGUAUGCAUCAACCAGAUUGGAAGCUUCCGCUGUGAAUGCCCAAUGGGAUUCAGCUACAACAACAUUCUUCUCAUCUGUGAAGAUAUCGAUGAGUGCAGCAGUGGAGAGAACCUGUGCCAGAUGCAUGCAGACUGUAUUAAUAUCCCAGGCUCAUAUCGCUGUGAAUGUUCCAGCGGAUACAAGCUGUCCCCCAGCGGCGCUUGUGUUGGUCGUAAUGAAUGCAAUGAAAUUCCAAAUGUUUGUAGCCAUGGAACAUGUGUGGACACAACUGGAAGCUACAUCUGUAUCUGUCACAAUGGCUUCAAAGCUAGUGCAGACCAAACCAUGUGCAUGGAUAUCGAUGAGUGCGACCGUCAACCUUGUGGUAAUGGUACCUGCAAGAACACUGUGGGAUCCUAUAACUGCCUCUGCUUCCCUGGCUUUGAACUAACUCACAACAAUGACUGCAUGGACAUAGAUGAGUGCUCCUCUCUCUUGGGACAAGUUUGCAGAAACGGCCAAUGCAUAAACAAAAUAGGCUCCUUCCAAUGUCUGUGUCAAGAAGGCUAUGAAAUAACUCCUGAUGGAAAGAACUGCGUGGAUAUCAAUGAGUGCAUUAGCUUUCCUGGAACUUGUUCUCCUGGUACUUGCCAAAAUCUGGAAGGAUCCUUCCGCUGCAUCUGCCCUCCAGGAUAUGCUGUACAGAAUGACAACUGUAUCGAUAUCAAUGAAUGUGACACUGAGCCAAACAUCUGUUUAUUCGGAAGUUGUACUAACACCCCUGGAAGCUUCCAGUGUGUAUGUCCACCAGGAUUUGUCCUAUCUGAUAAUGGACGUCGUUGCUUUGAUAUCCGUCAAAGUUUUUGCUUUACUCGAUUUGAUAAUGGAAAAUGCUCCGUUCCUAAAGCCUUCAAUACCACAAAAGCCAGGUGCUGCUGUAGCAAGAUGCCUGGUGAAGGAUGGGGAGAUCCUUGCGAGCUGUGCCCACAUGAAUCAAGUGCUGGUUUCCAGGAACUCUGUCCUUAUGGUCAUGGUUCUAUUCAAGACAGGACAGACACCAGAGAAGAUGUCAAUGAAUGUGCUGAGAGUCCUGGAAUUUGUGUCAAUGGGAUCUGUAUUAAUACCGAUAGCUCUUUCCGCUGUGAAUGUCCAUUUGGAUAUAACCUUGACUUCACUGGAGUUAACUGCGUAGACACAGAUGAGUGCUCCAUUGGAAACCCUUGUGGCAAUGGAACAUGUACUAAUGUGGUUGGUGGAUUUGAAUGCGCCUGUGAUGAAGGCUUUGAACCUGGACCAAUGAUGACUUGUGAAGAUAUCAAUGAGUGCACAAAUCCUCUUCUGUGUGCUUUCCGUUGUAUAAACACUUAUGGAUCAUAUGAAUGCACAUGUCCUUCUGGCUAUACCCUAAGAGACGAUCGCCGGAUGUGCAAAGAUCUGGAUGAAUGUUCAGAAGGUUUACAUGACUGUGAAUCCAAAGGCAUGAUGUGCAAGAACCUCAUUGGUACAUUUAUGUGUAUAUGCCCACCUGGCAUGCAGAGGCGCCCUGACGGUGAAGGAUGCAUGGAUGAAAAUGAAUGUCGUACAAAGCCUGGUAUUUGCCCCAAUGGACGCUGUGUGAAUACAAUUGGAAGUUAUAGAUGUGAUUGUAAUGAUGGGUUCCAGGUCAGUGCCUCUGGAACAGAAUGUAUUGAUACCCGUCAAGGAUCUUGUUUCACUGAAGUCCUACAGACAAUGUGCCAACUUUCAUCUACUAAUCGUAACAUGGUUACCAAAUCUGAGUGUUGCUGUAAUGGAGGUCGAGGCUGGGGCAAUCAGUGUGAAUUGUGCCCACUUCCUGGUACUGCAGCCUUCAAAAAGAUGUGCCCACAUGGUCCUGGCUUCACCACUGAUGGACGAGACAUUGAUGAAUGCAAAGUUCUACCCAACUUAUGCAAAAAUGGCCAGUGUAUAAACACUAUUGGGUCUUUCCGUUGUCACUGCAAUAUGGGCUACACAACAGACUUCACAGGGACCACAUGCAUUGAUCUUGAUGAAUGUGCCCAGUCUCCCAAGCCCUGCAACUUUAUAUGUAAGAAUACAGAGGGCAGCUACCAAUGCUCAUGUCCUAGAGGAUACAUUCUACAAGAAGAUGGCAAGACAUGCAAAGACUUGGAUGAAUGUUCAACUAAACAACACAACUGCCAGUUCCUAUGUGUUAACACUAUUGGAAGCUUCAAUUGCAAGUGUCCACCUGGAUUUACCCAGCACCAGUCUUCAUGUAUUGAUAACAAUGAGUGCAGUGCGCAACCAUCCUUGUGCGGAGCUCGGGGCAUGUGCCAGAACAACCCUGGUAGCUUCACCUGUGAAUGUCAGAAAGGCUUCUCCCUGGAUAACACAGGAAGCAACUGUGAAGAUGUUGAUGAGUGUGAUGGUAAUCAUCGCUGUCAACAUGGCUGUCAAAAUGUGCUAGGUGGAUUUCGCUGUGGCUGUCCACAGGGAUAUGUGCAACAUUACCAGUGGAACCAGUGUGUGGAUGAGAAUGAGUGUUCCAGCCAGUCAACCUGUGGCUCUGCCUCUUGUUAUAAUACUUUGGGAAGCUUCAAAUGCAUCUGUCCCUCAGGCUUUGAUUUUGACUCCUCUUAUGGUGGCUGCCAGGAUGUAGAUGAGUGUUCAGGUUCUAGUGGAAAUCCUUGCAGCUAUGGUUGCUCCAAUACUGAUGGUGGUUACCUGUGUGGAUGUCCAGGAGGAUACUUCCGAGCUGGCCAAGGGCACUGCGUGUCAGGCCUUGGAUUUGGCAAAGGUGGUUACAUUCCAGCCCCAGUUGAAGAAGAUGAAGAAAACAUUCUAUCCCCAGAGAACUGCUAUGAAUGCAAGAUCAAUGGUUAUCCAAAAAGAGGAAGACAGAGACGUAGUGCUAAUGAAACCUCUGAACAUGAGAAUCAUAUCAGCUUGGCUAGUGUAGACAUUGAUGCUCCACUUAAGAUGACCCUGAAUAUUUCUGACUUGAUAAAUAAGCAACAUAUCAUGGAGCUCUUGCCUGCCUUGGUGCCACUGGAGAACCAUGUACGCUACAUUAUCUCUCAGGGCAAUGAGGAUAGCAUCUUCCGCAUUCACCAGAAGGAAGGGUUAAGUUUUCUCUACCUUGGACGCAAGAAGGUGCUUCCAGGCUUGUAUAACUUGGAGAUUGCCAGUGUGCCUCUAUACCGUAAGAAGGAACUGCAAAAAUUAGAAGAUGAGAAGGACUUCAACUACCUCAGUGGUGAAAUAGGCCAAGCACUCAAGAUGAAAGUCCAGAUUCACCUUUAUUAACACCAUAAGCAAACACUCCUGAUGUGGCCUUCACAAGAUCUGAACUUUACAUUUAUAGAGAAAGUCUUCUUCUGUCUUGUGUUUCAUUAGCAAGCUUUUGUGUCAGAACCUCAACACUAAGGCAAAUAUUGAUGGGAAAUGUGGAAUAUGAUUUUAGCAGUGACCAACGUCCGUAUGUAAUUUUGGAAUUUUGUUAUGCAUAGUAAUUUCUUUGUAUAAAAGUUGGGAGGGGAGUGAGAGAUAAAAAUAAAAGUUGACAGGGUGAGAAAAAAGUACAAUGGAUAUGGUGCAUUGGAUGUCCAGAUUGAAACGAGCGGAUAAACACAACACAAAGAUGGAGGGUGUGUAAUACUGUCUCCCAUUUCAACUCAAAGACAAGUGAUAUUGACAGGAGAAUGAAAUUUGUGCCUUAUGAGAGCAAUGGCCAUGGUUUUACCAAAAAUGUUCCAUUUUAGUUUGAUUACUAUAACAUUGAGUACUAUUGAGUACUAUAAUACUGUAUAUAUAAUGUGGUGGUAAAUUAUAUGAUUGUUGAGGAUUGGUUAGAUAGCUGGGAUAAUACAAUGAGAUGCAAAUGGUUAUUGCAGAUCUAAGUGUGAUAUUCUGCAUUUUUUUAUUUCUACAUUUAUCAGUUCUUUGUUUAGAAGAGCUAUUACUUUUGCUAUUGUAUAAUCGCAGUUAUUAACCAUGUAUGUAAAUCCAACUGAAGUGAAGCCUGUAGGAUAUAUGUAUAACAUAAUUUGGUUUACAGCCACAGUUGUCUUUGUUCUCAUCUUCCAUAACCUCUGAUAUUCUAUAAUAGCUAUUCUAAAAUAUAUUUAGGCUAUAUCUGGAUGAUAGCAGAAGAGUAUUAUUAGGUAGGCUUCACUAGGAAUCAAUCGAGUGUGAAAAAAAGGAAAAAAACAUGUCUCAUGCAAAGCUGUUUCUUACUUACAGAAGUGAGUAGAACAUAUAAAAUAGAUAUUUAAGAUAGAUAAAUGUGUCACCAGCUAAAUGUUUGGAAACUUGCUCAAAUGAUGGUGACUGGAGGUGCACUUUGUUUAUCUUUUUUUUUAUAAAAAAAAAAAGGUAUUAAAAUCUCAAUCAUUUGUUGUAUUUAAUAACAGCAAGAGCUAGAAUUGUAUUUUUAUUUAUAAGGCACAAAAAUAUUCAUGAUAGUUGAGUAGAAUGGUGCUUUGAUGCUUCCAGAUGUUGCAUGAUAUCACAUUUUUUUUUUUUUUAUAGUGGGGAAAAUCUUAUUUCCAAGUCUGGUAGAAACAUAUUUAAACUAGAGAGAGGCGUUGUCUCCCUUAAUCAUAUUACUGUAGUCUUUUAACCUCAGGCUGCAAAGAAGAAGGUAAGGAUCAUUAUAUAGUAUUAUAUUAGUAUAGAUACCAGCCCAAAACUAACAAAAAAUAUCUUUGAUGUGCGAAGUUUGGCUAGAACGCAUUCGAAAAUUAUUGAGAUUUAGCACUCCAAACCAUUUGAAAAUGGCAGCAGAUUAAACCUUUUAUUUUAAUGUGUGUUCUUCCUUCUACUUGACUGCUUGGGAAAAAAACCAGGAGGGAGAAAAAUACAGACAGGAUGGUGCUACUUUGAACUAUGGUAUGUUAUACACACAAUACUACCUGACACUGUGCUGUAUCCAUCCCACAAUGGUGCUUUAUCCACCCAUCCAAUGCUUAGACUGGCUCGGUUACUGCACUGUACAUCCUUUUUUUUAUUUUGAAAAAUAUUUAUGUAUAACCACAACUGUUAACUGUUGCUCAUUUUGUAAGUUCAUAUUCCUGUAGUAUAUAUAUAUAAUUAUAUAUUUUAUUUGAUACAUGUUUUUGUUUGUUUUUUUAUUUCUAACUCCCGAGGGCAGCCACUUUUCUUAAAUGUGUGAAUACUGUAUUGUUGCCGAAUUAAAAUCAUAAACUUGAAAAAGACAUUAGCUCUGGAAAAUACGAGACGUUGUGAAAUACUAUGUUACUAGACGGUGCUACAACAAAUAAUUUCAUUGUAAAAAUCAUUAUUUUCCAGUCUUGUGUUGAGCCAAAAGUGUUAUUUUUGGAAGAGGGAAAAUGUUUAUUUUUUCUUUCUGUCCAACGUGGUCUGAUGCAUUGUUAUAUUACAGUUCAGUGUGCUGUAUUUUUUAUUUUUUUUUUGUUCUGUUCGUUGUUAGGCACAUAUGAUAAUUUUGUAAAACUUUCCAUAAUUGUGUUUUUGUAUCAGAAGCAACAGCAACAAUAAAAUUAU